AUGGCUCGGAGGGAUAGGGCCAAACGGAGGUGGAGGCGUAGGACUACAGACGAAAAUCUUGUUUCCUAUAAGAAUCUACGCAAUCGCUGCAGUCGUCUGUGUAGGGAGGCUAAGAGACGGUACUUUGAUGAUAACUUGGCUAACCACAAUUUUGCUGAUGCUUGGAAGUUUCUGCGGUCCGUGGGUAUCGGCAAGUCCCCUGUCAUUGUCAGCAAGGAUGUUGACCUUAUCUCCUUAAAUCACCACUUCUCCCUCUCCCCUGUUACACUUGACAGCUCAACAAAAUCUAGCACUCUACUCAACCUUUCCUCUCUGCCGCUUCCCACUUGUUCUCCUUUUAAUCUCUGUAGCGUGUCUGAGGACGAUGACCAAGGAACAUUUGCUGGGUUUCACCAAGGAUGUAUGACUCGUCUGAUUUUGAGAAGAGUGGUCAAUCGCUGCCGCUGUCUGCCUUUUGAUUAUACUUCUAAAGAACUGGAUGUAGAAGACUUUACUAUAUGUUCAUGGGAACAUUAUAUCUGCAUAUAUCAAACAAUAGAGAUGAUUGAAGUCGACAUAAAGGAUAUAAUAUCUGAUAGUGAGUGCUACCAGAGAUGUGAUUACGUGGAGUAUGAUAGUGAAGUGGAAUUUGUGAAACAUCAAAGACAUUUGACGGCACUGAAUGGAACUCUUAGUCGUGUUUUAGUACAUUUCAGUCAGAAUACUUGCAUGAAGUAUCGAAGGGAGGUGCUGUACACUUGGGACCAGAUGUUAGCAAACCUCGGCGGUAUCUUCGGCCUCUGUCUUGGUGGCUCUGUCAUCAGCGUUAUAGAACUAAUCUGGUUCCUUCUAGAAGUAAUCUACGCAGUUCUAUGCUCCUUCUGCAAGAACUAUAUAGCGCCAAAAGAAAAAGAGAAGGGAAAAGAAAAAGUUUUUGUUAUUACUCAUAAGGAAAUGCUUUCAAAGAAGACUUCUGGAAAGAAAUUAGGAAAGUAUAAGUUUAUGAAUUAAAUCAUUAUUAGUUUACAAGCAGCACAAUAAAAUAAA